GUGUGGCUCUCGCCGCUUAUCGAUCUUCAAAUCCGGUCCGAGACAUCAAGUCGUGUUGCAAAGACCGUCUCUCUUCGGCAAUGUCAGGCCAUUGCCUGCCAGCACCACCACCCCGAGCAUGCGGCUGAACUUGCCUCGGGUCUGCCGGCCGCAGUCUCUGCGCUCACUCGCGAUACCGCCCUGCGAGCGCCGGACGUAUGCCUCCCAGGCCUCUGGCGGCGCCGUGUUCAAGGUCUUCAACAGUCGCACGAAAUGGCUGCAAAAGGAGCGGGCAGCUGCAAACCCCGAGCUCAGCCGGCAGGCCGACUACCUCAAAGACGAGGUGGCCAUGCGCGUGUGUGAACGGCUGCUGGAUAUCAAGCGCCAAUUCCCCCGCGUUCUCGACCUCGGCGCCAACUCGUGCAACAUCGCUCGCGCUCUGACCCGCGAGAACCCGGACCCGGACCCGUCCAACCCCGUAUCCCCGCCGCUCGCCUCCAAAAUAGGCUCUCUCGUCGCCGCCGAGUCGUCCGCAUCGCUCCUCUACCGCGACGCCGAUCUGCCCUUUAACAAAGAGCUCGACCUGACCCGCCAUGUCCUCGCCGACGACGAAUCUCUCCCCUUCGAGCCAGCGUCCUUCGACAUGGUGCUCAGCAGCCUCUCCCUGCACUGGAUCAACGACCUCCCCGGCGUGCUGUCACAGAUCAACAGCGUGCUGAAGCCCGACAGCCCCUUCAUCGGCGCGAUGCUGGGCGGCGACACGCUGUUCGAGCUGCGCACGUCGCUGCAGCUGGCGGAGCAGGAGCGGCGCGGGGGCAUCUCGCCGCACGUGUCGCCGCUGGCGGACGUGCGCGACGUCGGCGGCCUGCUGCAGCGCGCCGGCUUCCAGUUGCUGACGGUCGACGUCGAGGACAUCGUGGUCGACUACCCGGACACCUUCGCGCUGAUGCAGGACCUGCAGGCCAUGGGCGAGGGCAACGCCGUGCUGGGCCGCGAGAUGGGUGCCAUCGGGCGUGACGUGCUGCUGGCGAACGAGGCCAUCUACCGGGCUAUGCAUGGAAACGAGGACGGCAGUCUGCCGGCCACGUUUAGAAUUAUUCACAUGAUUGGGUGGAAGGAGGGCGGAAACCAGCCGAAGCCGCUGAAGCGGGGGAGCGGUCAGGUGAAUCUAAAGGACGUCUUGGAGAAAAAGUAAGGGCCGUUGUAGGAAUAGUGUAGAAAACGAAUCCGGCGCUGCUUGUUCACACCUUGACAAGUCGCCACGAUCCUCGCCAGGAACGUCCCCAACAUGCCUUCGCUGCCCUCAGUCAAAACGCCAGUCUGUCUAUAAGCGGUAGCCGAAGACUUGCUCUCCACCAACCAAGUAAGAUUCCCGCAACGCCGUAAAAGCCAUCCCUUGCAGCCCCUCAGACUCUCCGCCAGUCGGUCAUGACCCGGCCUAUGCACCCCAGCCCCGCGACCUCGACCACUUUCUCGUGCCAGCUGA